UCCCACAAUUCCUCGAGUUAAGCAACGAGAGAGAGAGAGAGAGAGAGAGAGAGUAGAGAAUAAACGGAGGCAACAUCGUCUCCGUGUACUCCGAUCUCUCUUGCGGCGAUCUCAUCGUUCAUUGAGUUUUGGGUACGGAGAUUUCUCUUGUUAUCGAAACCCUAAAUUACCUUUGGCAUUGCCCUCUACCGAUCGAUUUUUUUUGUCUUCGUUUUUUUUGUUAUUAACGUCGAUCAAAAGCGCCGACAGAAAAUCUAGUUUGUUUGAUUGUCUCUGUCUAUCAACAACGAGACCCUAAUACCUAGACGGUGACGAGGAGAUGAUUGAAACUACAACAACAGUACUAAUACCUCGACGGUCACGAAGACACUGAACAAUCACUCUCAAUCGUUGCGCACCGCAAAGGGAGUAAUAGGUCUGUGCACGCAGAUUGUGCGAGGUGGAGAAUCGGAACUGAUCGCGGCUGCACCUUCAUCGCCGGUGGCUGUUGUGGCUGAGCAGCAGGGGAUGGCUGCGACUGCGGGUUCCGUUGAAGAAACUGUGGAGAAUGGGCCUGGGUCCCAUGGCAAUGCUGGAAAGAGGCCGGCUUGGAAUAAGCCUUCGAAUGGGGAGUUUGUGCCUGUCAUGGGAGCCGAUUCCUGGCCUCCUCUGUCGGAUUCAGCUAGGGCUUCCCCCAAGUCCUCUUCUGAUUCAUUGAAAGGAUCAGAUGGAUCAUCUUCAUCGCUCCUCAUUCCGGCUCCGCAGGGGGCUGGGACUGCUACUAAUUUGGCUACUAUACCACCUGCACGCCCAAAGCGCAAUAGUGGCAAUGGCAAUGGAUCAUCUAAUGGUCUAUCCCCUAGGAGUGGAUUUGCCCAUAUUGGCAAUGAUCAGCUGCACAAUUCCUUUAGAAACCGCAAUGGUGGUCACCAUUCACGUGGAGGUGGUUCUCAUCAUCACAAUGGGGGCAGACGUGAUCAGGACCGGGGGAAUUUCUACAAUAGAGAUUUGCAGCCUCAGAGAUUUAUGCAAAGGCAUAGACAUGCAUCACCACAACCACCUGCUCCUAAUCCCACUCCUUACAUCGGACCACCAUCUAUGCGGCCCCCAUUCCAUGCUCCUAUGGCAUUUCCUGAUUUUGUACCUCCUGUCUAUUUCUAUCAUCCUCCAGAAUCACUUAGGGGUAUGCCUUUAGUUGCGCCAAUACCGCCGAUGUUCUUUCCUGCUCCAGACCCCAACAUAUAUUCUAAGAUAGUGCAGCAAAUUAACUAUUGGUUCAGUGGUGACAAUUUAGCUAAGGAUAUAUACCUGCGGAAGAACAUGGAUGACCAGGGCUGGGUUUCAAUUGAAUUAAUAGCUGGCUUCAAAAAGAUUGCUGAAUUGACUAACAAUAUCCAACUUAUCUUGGAUGCUUUAAGAAGUUCAGCUGUGGUUGAAGUGCAGGGUGACAAAGUAAGGAGGCACAAUGAUUGGGAGAGAUGGAUAAUGCCUCAGCUUCAAGGUCCAAGUUCUCCCAGUCCUCAGUCUACACUGACAGCCGGUGUUCAAAGCAUUUCUCUCGAGGAAAAAGCAUCUAACCAAGCAGAUAUUCAUCCAGAAGCAUUUCUGAGCACAUCCUGUGAUGUGAGCAAUCAGUCGCAAGAGCAGAGUGGUGAGGGAACAAGACUCCUGAGCGUUCUAGUAAAUUUGGAUCAUUCUACUUCAGCAAGAAAUUUGAGCAAGGAAGAUGAGUGCUAGUGCACGUUUUCUUUUUGAGACGUGUUCUUGGAAAAAAGAGGAGAGAGUAAGGUAUUACGACAAUGAUAAAAACAUAUUACAUUAUAGAAAAGUUAUGAUCUUGCCCUGGCAUGAUGGAACCCAAUUUCUUAUAGAGCAAAAUAGACAGGCAAUUAGAAGGGGAAAGAUGCAGCAAUACUAAGAGGAGGGAGGGGGGGAAUAUAGAAAAAGCUGGAAGGGGAAACAGAGGUGGUAGGAUUUUGAGCAAGUAGCAUGGACUCGUGAUUUACCUCCUUAUGUUGUUUCUGGGGGUCCUGUCUUUCACCCUAUUUCAUAGGGUUGGUGUUCUAUCUGGGGAAUUUUUGGUUUUGCUUCCCCUUAUUGCCCCCUUAGGUGUUUUUUUCCCAGUUCUUUGGGGUUGGAUUAAUCCUACAGGGAUUAAAUAUUGAGAGUGAUUGGAAAGAAAAUUUUAGGUGGUCUUUGUCUGCAGAAUUGAGGGAAGAAAGGAUGGAUGCUGCUGCCUGCUUGUGCCAUGCUACUACUGCUCUAUUUUGUUAAUAUGGUCUCCCUCUCUCUCUCUCUCUGGAUAUUUCUCCUCUCCUUAGUCACUUGCACUUUAAAUUGUGUUUAAAUUUUAUCAUCAUGCCUCUCCUCUUUGAAACUGCGAGACUUUACUGGAUAAUUUGUCUUCGAGACAAAUCUUUUGAACAGAGCAGAGUUUGACUGGUUUUGGUGGGACAUAUAUUUGUUAUGAAUUCGAGCUUGUGGAACGGGUCCAGUGUCAAAUGAUUUGUUUAAACCCAAUUUUACUAUUAUUUAUGAGCAUCAUUGACUCCUAA